GUCGUCCUCGCCUCCUCCGGCGGAGUGGAGCGGAUCGGCUCCGGGGGGCUGCGGCUGCCCACCCCACCCCGCCCCGCCCCGCCCCGGGCCGGGCCUGGCCUGUCGCCGAGAGGUAGUCCAUGCAGAAGUGGCUUCAUUCAUACAGAUGAACCAAGGAUUGGGACAGCAGUGUAAGCCCAGAUAGUCAGAUAGCUGACUGCCCAGCAGGAUGCCAUCAACUAGCCGAGCGGGCAGCCUGAAGGACCCAGAAAUCGCAGAGCUCUUCUUCAAAGAAGAUCCCGAGAAGCUCUUCACAGAUCUAAGAGAGAUAGGACAUGGGAGCUUUGGAGCAGUAUAUUUUGCACGGGAUGUGCGCACCAAUGAAGUGGUUGCCUUCAAAAUGUCCUACAGUGGAAAGCAGUCCAAUGAGAAAUGGCAGGACAUUAUUAAGGAAGUCAAGUUUCUGCAGAGAAUAAAGCAUCCCAACAGCAUAGAGUAUAAAGGCUGCUAUCUGCGCGAGCACACGGCAUGGCUUGUAAUGGAAUAUUGUUUAGGAUCAGCCUCAGACUUACUAGAAGUUCACAAAAAGCCAUUACAAGAAGUGGAAAUAGCAGCAAUCACACAUGGUGCUCUCCAGGGAUUGGCCUACUUACAUUCUCAUAAUAUGAUCCAUAGAGAUAUCAAAGCAGGAAAUAUCCUCCUGACAGAGCCAGGCCAGGUGAAACUUGCUGACUUUGGAUCUGCUUCCAUAGCAUCUCCUGCCAAUUCCUUUGUGGGGACGCCAUAUUGGAUGGCCCCAGAAGUAAUUUUAGCCAUGGAUGAAGGGCAAUAUGAUGGCAAAGUAGAUGUGUGGUCUCUCGGAAUAACAUGUAUUGAGUUAGCGGAAAGGAAGCCUCCUUUAUUUAAUAUGAACGCAAUGAGUGCCUUAUAUCAUAUAGCUCAGAAUGAAUCCCCUACGUUACAAUCUAAUGAAUGGUCUGAUUAUUUUCGCAACUUCGUAGAUUCUUGUCUCCAGAAAAUCCCUCAAGAUCGGCCUACAUCAGAUGAACUUCUCAAGCACAUGUUUGUUCUUCAGGAGCGCCCUGAAACAGUGUUAAUAGACCUCAUUCAGAGAACCAAGGACGCAGUAAGAGAGCUGGACAACCUGCAGUAUCGGAAAAUGAAGAAACUCCUUUUCCAGGAGGCACAUAAUGGCCCUGCCGUAGAAGCACAGGAGGAAGAAGAGGAGCAAGAUCAUGGUGUUGGCCGAACAGGAACAGUGAAUAGUGUUGGAAGUAAUCAGUCCAUUCCCAGUAUGUCUAUCAGUGCCAGUAGCCAAAGCAGUAGUGUUAACAGUCUUCCAGAUGCCUCAGAUGACAAAAGUGAACUAGACAUGAUGGAGGGGGACCAUACAGUGAUGUCCAAUAGCUCUGUCAUCCAUUUAAAACCUGAGGAAGAAAAUUAUAGAGAAGAGGCAGAUCCAAGAACCAGGGCAUCCGAACCACAAUCUCCACCACAACAAGUGUCUCGCCAAAAGUCACAUUACCGUAAUCGAGAACACUUUGCUACUAUCCGCACAGCAUCACUGGUUACAAGGCAGAUGCAAGAACACGAACAAGACUCAGAGCUAAGAGAACAGAUGUCUGGCUACAAGCGCAUGAGGCGACAGCACCAAAAGCAGCUGAUGGCCCUGGAAAACAAGCUCAAGGCUGAGAUGGAUGAGCACCGCCUUCGGCUGGACAAAGACCUCGAAACGCAGCGGAACAAUUUUGCCGCAGAAAUGGAGAAGCUUAUUAAGAAACACCAGGCGGCUAUGGAAAAAGAGGCUAAGGUGAUGGCAAUGAAGAGAAGAAAUUCCCAACAACAUAUUCAAGCACAGCAGAAAAAAGAACUGAAUAGCUUUUUAGAGUCCCAGAAGAGAGAGUACAAACUACGAAAAGAGCAGCUUAAGGAGGAGCUGAAUGAAAACCAGAGCACCCCAAAGAAAGAGAAGCAGGAAUGGCUCUCCAAGCAGAAGGAGAACAUCCAGCACUUCCAAGCAGAAGAGGAGGCCAGCCUUCUCCGAAGGCAGCGGCAGUACCUCGAGCUGGAGUGCCGGCGCUUCAAGAGGAGAAUGCUGCUUGGCCGCCACAAUCUGGAGCAGGACCUUGUCAGAGAGGAGUUAAAUAAAAGGCAGACCCAGAAGGACUUGGAGCAUGCGAUGCUGCUGCGGCAACAUGAGUCCAUGCAAGAGCUCGAGUUCCGGCACCUUAGCACUGUUCAGAAGAUGCGCUGUGAAUUGAUCAGGCUGCAGCACCAGACGGAGCUCACCAACCAGCUGGAGUACAACAAGCGGCGUGAGCGGGAGCUGAGGCGCAAGCACGUCAUGGAGGUUCGGCAGCAGCCCAAGAGUCUGAAGUCUAAAGAGUUGCAAAUAAAGAAGCAGUUUCAAGACACCUGCAAGAUCCAGACCAGACAGUACAAAGCCCUGAGGAACCACCUGUUGGAGACCACCCCAAAGAGUGAGCACAAAGCAGUUCUCAAGCGGCUCAAAGAGGAGCAGACGCGGAAACUGGCCAUCCUCGCGGAGCAGUACGACCACAGCAUCAACGAAAUGCUCUCCACACAAGCUCUGCGUUUGGAUGAGGCCCAAGAAGCCGAGUGCCAGGUCUUAAAGAUGCAGCUGCAGCAGGAGCUGGAGCUUCUCAAUGCCUAUCAAAGCAAGAUCAAGAUGCAGGCUGAGGCCCAGCACGACCGGGAGCUCCGGGAGCUGGAGCAGAGGGUCUCCCUGCGCAGGGCCCUCUUGGAACAAAAGAUUGAAGAAGAGAUGUUGGCCUUGCAGAAUGAGCGCACUGAACGAAUACGGAGCCUGCUGGAGCGUCAAGCCAGAGAAAUUGAAGCUUUUGACUCUGAGAGCAUGAGGCUGGGUUUUAGUAACAUGGUCCUUUCCAAUCUUUCCCUGAGGCGUUCAGGCCACAGCUAUCCUGGAGCUUCGGGCUGGUCCCACAAUCCCCCUGGGGGGCCCGGCCCUCACUGGGGUCAUCCCAUGGGUGGCCCACCCCAAGCUUGGGGCCAUCCAAUGCAAGGUGGACCCCAGCCAUGGGGUCAUCCCUCGGGGCCAAUGCAAGGGGUGCCUCGAGGCAGCGGCAUGGGAGUCCGCAACAGCCCCCAGGCUCUGAGGCGGACGGCUUCUGGGGCGGACAGAGCAGGGCAUGAGCAGGAGCACAAGUGUUACUUCACAAAUAUCCAAUGGUUCACACAUGUCUUAUACAUAACUCCAACAAUAAUCGUGCGUGGCAAUUCCACUGGAGCUGUCUGCCAAAAGCCACUGCCGCCUCCAGACCCCGCCACCACAGCCGUGGCCCGCGGGCGCUGCAGUGUGGGAACUGAGUGCGUAUGGAAUAGUCUGUUCAUUUUGUAAAGCGUUCCGUUGUGUGUCUGCUAAUGGGAUGUCAUCGUGUUUGGCUGAUGGGUGUGGUGUUUCGUUUUGUUUCGUUUUGUUUUGUUUUAUCACUUUGGGGGAGAACUGGGGAGGGACAUGGUAUGGGUGAGAAAUCCCUCUACAUGGAGUGGAAGGCAUUGGCCAGAAAGGGGCAUUUUCUGAAUGCAGUCCAGUGGGCUUGCAUUACCACUUCCUGGGUGCCUCGAUCCUUAGAGGCUUCAUGGAAGGUUUGGAACCUUCCUAGUCCCGUUUCCCCCACCCCCCUAACUCUUGAGAGCUGCUCCUGGCAGGCAACGUGUGUAUGCUAAGCUAGGUGAGCAUGUGGGCCAGACCUACCUUCCCUCCCCAGGUUAUAAUUGUUAAGUUGGCCAGAGCAGGAAGAGGCGGGGGGCACAUCCACAAACACCAAAGGUUUCCAGGAGUCAGAAGCAGGUUUGCCUGGUUUUUAUUUAUUUAUUUGGGGGGAGGGGGAGGGGGAGCGGCAUGGUGGGCCAGACCAUAUUGUUGUAUGCUAUGUCCAGGUGUGUGUUUGCAUCAGGAAGCACUUGUACCACCAAAUCUUUGAGCCUUGGAAGGGAAGAAACUCCGUUUUGGUGUCUCUCCUUCUCUUCCAGUCCAUGUUGUGGUUCUCAGCAAGAGUGGAGACAGGCAAAGGCUGCAAAUACUGCACAUGCUGCUCUUCCCAUUGUAGCCAAGGACCCUAGUCUCUCUGGAGCCCUGGCUCAUCCUCGUGUUCCCUUCUUGAAAACAAAAGACACAGAGCCAAUAUACGCCCGAGGCCAGAUGUGUUUGAAGGAUGCCAUGUUGGCAAACUGUUGGAAAGCUCCCCACACUACACACACACAAAUGUGAUUUCCCCCCUUUCGGCUUGUUGCAAUGUCCUGUUUACAUGUAGCGUAGCCAAUUGUCUCGGUGUCUAGUUGCCAUACAGAGUGUACCAGGAGUCGCUGAGCCAACAACUUUGACCGGCUGCUGACUAACCCCCAUCACCACUGUAGACGGGCUGUGUGAGGCAGCCCCCGUUUGCUCUUUUCAGUUGCUUUUUCCAUUGCUGCGCUGCUCUACACAUUUCCUAUUUGUUGAGGCUUUGUGAUCUUUGGGUAGCAGGUUAAAACCCCCUCCCCUCAGAUAGGAGACACCACUUCCAGAAGUCUCUGUACUCUUGUGUCAGCAGUACUGCUGAAAAGGAGCUAGGAAGUUUGGCAAAAGUUUGACAAUAAAUUCUACUGGUCAGGGAGUCUGUUGACAAAAUCUGUUUUGUUGGUUUUUCUAUUUGUGUUUGUUCUUUGUUUUUUGUUUUUAUGAUGAAGGAUCAACCUUUAGGGCUGAGUCAGGGACUUUCCUGGUACUCUGGUCAGGGCCAGUUGACCAAGCGGGUACUGGGGAGUCCUUGAAUUAUAACCAAGUCAUUCAAGUUGAUGUUCUUUCCCAAUCAUCAGAGUUUCUUGUAACUUAUUUUUUUUUCUCCCCUUCUUAGCUUGUCUUGAAGUGAACCCUAGCUGCUAACUCUAGAACUUACCUUACAGAUUCCUAGGGCCUCCGGGGUCCUUCUCCUCAGUCCCUGUCCAUGGCACACCUCUCCAUCCCCCACCACAUCAUGUCCCAUUUGCCAAGGGGUCCGCUUUCUCACAAAUUUUCUCCUUGUAAAGGAUGUUAGGCAUCUUAAUAAAAGCCAAAUGGAAGAAAAAAUGACUUUCAUGUAAAUCGUUGGGAAGCCCUUGCCACCGGAGGUGAAAGGGAUGUUUGUGAAAUGCUCAGCAGGGCGGUCCAGUUAGAAACGUACCUCUCACUGCAGCUCUUCCCAGGGCCGAAGGUAAAUGUCACAACUACUCGUCAUUCCUGCUUACUGAAUAGACGUGCAGUCUGUUAGCCAUUUUUUGCAGUCACACAUAAUUCAAUUGCUUCCAGAAACUCAGAUAGAUUGGACAACAUUCUCCUGGUUUGAGAGGGUUACAAUUUAAUCAGGAAUUCUCACAUACCCACUGGAACGUAAUAUGGUAGUGGCAGCUGAGGGGUGGGUGGGAGACACCUAGAACUUGUGUGUGUAAGGGCUAAUCAAUUGAGGUUAACCAAUCCCAGACAACUUAAAAUCCCCUGGUUGUACCAAUGAUCUAUUUUGAGCUGAAGUUAUUUAUUCUCUCCCUGUUGUAGACUCUAGUGAAAAGAGCUUUGGCAAAAUUAAAUUCAGUUGCUUCCCUCAUGUUCUCUCCAAGCCUGGGUACUUGGACGCUUGAUACCACUGACCCCUGAGGUCUUUUUCAAUAGGGCUUUGUAGCCACCCUGAUUGCGUGGUCACCAGCUUCCUGCGUUGGGCAUGUGCAGACCUGGAUUAUUCCAUUAGGUUAAUAUUUUAAUUAAAACAGAGAGUUUGCAAAAACUGA